AUGGUCUUUAUCUAUGACAUUCUGGUAUACUCUAAGACUGAGGAUGAGCGUGAUGAGCAUCUUAGUGUAGUGCUUCAGAUUCUUCGUGAAAACCAGUGUUAUGCUAAUCUAAGCAAUUUUCUAGGUUUGGCGGGCUACUAUCGGUGUUUGGUUGAGGGGUUCUCGUUGAUUGUAGCUAAUUUUACUAAGCUUCUUUACAAGGGUGUCUCUUUUUUCUGGAUUGAUGAGCAGCAAAUGAGCUUUAGAAAGCUCAAGUCUGUAUUUGAAAACCUCAAGUCUGUACUGGCUCAGGCUCCUCUUAAGACACAUGAAGGGGAUAAUCCGAUGCAUGAUCUCGAGUUGGCUGCGAAGGAGUUGAAUCUUAGGCAGCAGCGAUGGAUUGAGUUGUUUAAGGACUAUGACUGCACAAUACAGUAUCAUCCAAGUAAAGCUAAUGUGGCGGCCGAUGCUCUGAUUCGUAGGGCGAUGACUGAUUUGAGGGUGAUGCUCGCUCACCUUAGUCUGUUUAAUGAUGGGGGUCUUUUAGUUGAGUUACAAGUUAAGCCGACUUGGAUUGAUCAGAUUCGAGUUAAACAAUUGGGAGAUGAGUCUUUGGGCUUGCGGUUCCGUCAGGUUGAGAGUGGUACUACCUUUGAUUUUGGGAUAAAUAGUGAUGGUGUGUUGUGUUUUCAAGAGCAGAUCUGUGUGUCGAACGAUUCUGAUUUGAGGCAGUCUAUUCUGAGGGAAGCGCAUAGUAGCCUUUAUACUAUGCAUCCCGGUGGUAAUAAGAGAUUAAGGCUGAGCAUCAGUUACCUUUGGAAACUAGCGAAACUGUAUAUUUCCAAGAUAGUUAGACUGCAUGGGGUUAUAGUGUCGAUUAUUUCUGACAAAAAUCCUCGUUUUACAUCUCGGUUCUGGAAGAAACUGCACGAGGCUUUGGGUUCGAGAUUGAACUUCAGUAAUACGUUCCAUCCUCAGAUUGAUGGUAAAUCUGAGAGGGUGAUUCAGAUACUGGAGGAUAUGUUUCAGAGUUGCGUAAUUGACUUCUGA